AUGGGACUUGACCCCAAAAUUUUUGGGACACACUCUUUCCGCAUUGGAGCGGCGUCUACGGCCGCCUGUUUGGGUUUUUCUCAAGAGAGGACACACUCUAUUAACUGCAGCAUAUAUGAUGAUCCUGUCCCUGUUCCUCAUGAGUUCUACCAGCCGGCUGACCUCAUGAUUGGGGAGAUUGUUUCUCAGGUCUUCAUAAACUAUGAUAACAUCUCUUUCACCGAACAGCCUACCCAGAUGUUGAUCGAUGAACCUAUUUCAGUGCCUAAGAACUACCAGCACAUCCUGGCCUUAGCAUUUGCUGUGAAAGAGAUCAACGAAAGUCCCACAAUCUUGCCAAAUAUCUCUUUGGGAUUCCACAUCCUAAAUAGCUACUUCAGUACAAGGAUGACCUAUAAAGCCACCCUGAGCAUCCUUUCCACACAACAAAUGUUUAUCCCCAACUUCCAGUGUCACAAACAAAACAAUCUGAUGGCUCUCAUUGGAGGAUGUUUCUCUAAGAUCUCUGCCAAUAUGGCCACCAUUGCAACAAGCAAAAAGAUUGCUCAGAUCCAUCACUUUCUAAGGCACAUCAUAUUCAAUAACAAUGUUGGAGACACUGUACAGUUUAAUGAAAAUGGAGAAUUAGUUGCAUAUUUUGAUGUUACAAAUUGGAUGAUGUUCCCCAACGGUUCAGUGGUUAGAGUCAAAGUUGGAACAUUGGACCCUCAAGCUCCUCCAGGCAAAGAGUUAACUAUUAAUGAUGACCAAAUUAUGUGGCAUCAAACCUUCAAUCAGGUGCUGCCCCUUUCUGUGUGCAAUGACUACUGCUAUCCUGGCUCCAGUAGGAAAAAGAAGGAGGGAGAGAAAUUUUGCUGCUAUGAUUGUGCUCCUUGUCCAGAAGGGAUGAUCUCUAAUUGGAAAGAUAUGGAUGCCUGUGUCAACUGUCCAGAAGACCAGCAUCCCAACAAGGACCACACUCAGUGCAUUCCCAAGGUUGUAACCUACCUCUCUUAUGAAGAAGAUUUAGGGAUCAUCUUAGCUGUCUUGGCUAUUUCUUUCUCUUUCAUCACAACUUUAGUCCUUAUAAUUUUUAUGAAGCACAAGGAUACCCCCAUAGUCAAAGCUAACAACCAAACCCUCACCUACAUCCUCCUCAUCUCCCUCUUCCUUUGCUUCCUUUGUUCCUUGCUAUUCAUUGGACAGCCUGGAAAAGUGAUGUGCAUUCUCCGACAGACAGCCUUUGGCAUUGUCUUUUCUUUGGCCCUUUCCUCUGUGUUAGCAAAGACCAUCACUGUGGUUCUGGCAUUCAUGGCAACCAAACCAGGAGCCAAGAUGAGGAAAUGGGUGGGGAAAGGACUGGCAAAUUCUAUUGUCCUUUCCUGUUCCUGUUUUCAAGUUGGAGUUUGUACCCUUUGGUUAAGUACAUCCCCUCCAUUCCCAGAUACAGACACGCACUCAUUGGAUGGGAAAAUCAUACUGGAAUGUAAUGAGGGUUCAGCUAUUAUGUUUUACUGUGUCUUGGGCUAUAUGGGUUUCCUGGCCAUAAUCAGCUUCAUCAUGGCUUUCCUCGCAAGGAAGUUACCUGACAGUUUCAAUGAGGCCAAAUUCAUCACUUUCAGCAUGUUAGUCUUUUGCAGCGUUUGGCUAUGCUUUGUUCCAACCUACCUGAGCACCAAAGGAAAAUACAUGGUGGCUGUGGAGAUCUUUUCCAUCUUGUCCUCCAGUGCUGGAUUACUGGGUUGCAUCUUUUCCCCUAAAUGCUACAUCAUUUUGCUUAGGCCUGAGCUGAACAAUAGGGAGCAACUAAUAAAGAAAACAAAAUGA